GCAAAUAGUUUUUAAAAGUAAGAAAUGGAUUCUACUGGUAUAAAUUUACAUCCUAAUUGGCGUGCACUAGCAACAAUUCAUAUUCCUUUAAAACGAUUUAUACAGGAAGGUAAACAAUAUAACGAAAAUAACUUGACUUCAGACACCCCACAGAAAUAUAAUAUUGAACAUAAUUUUGAUGGCGAAGAAGUUAAACAAUUUUACGAGAAAACAGUUAACUAUAGUAAGCAACAGUUAAGAGAUCAGCAGAAGACUGGCGUUAACAACUCUAAUCCUAAUGGAAGUAAAAAAGAAUGUGUUGAGCGCAAAGUGUCAUUCGAGCAAAGUAAAUUUUUUCGGUAUGCAGUCUCAAAUAACAUCGAGGAGCUUGGUAAAAUCGAUUUCACCACUGGAAACAUCAAUUCUUGUGAUAUUUAUGGUUGGACUGCAUUAAUGAUGUCUGCCUGUGAAGGUGCAAUUGAUGCAGUAAAAUUACUCUUAAAACUCGGUGCAGACGUUAACAUUAAAGACAGGUCCGGCUUGAAAGCAAUAGAUUUAGCAACCAAAAAAGGUUAUACCAAAAUUGUUACACUAAUAAAAGAAUUCAACCAGCAAGAAACAGUUGAAAUUGAUUUAGAGGAAGCUUCACCAGAGUUAAGAAAGGAAGAACCAUUCUUUUGUGGUGUAUGUAGAAAACAAUUUACUGAUACUAGUCUUCGCGAACAUCAAACAUCAACUGUACAUCAAUUCAAUACAAAGUCUGAAUUACCAAUUAAUAAACUUCAGAAGUUUAACAUUCCUCCUAAGAAUAGAGGUCUGCAACUAAUGGUUAAACAGGGCUGGGACAAAGAAAGCGGUUUGGGACCAACACAAAGUGGUAGAUUAUAUCCUAUUAAGACUGUUUUGCGCAAACAAAGAACAGGAUUGGGUAUAAAGCAAGAUGUACCACGUGUAACACAUUUUGGCGCUUUUGAUCUAAAUGCUGUUAAACAUAAACCUAUGUUCUCUACUAAGAAAAGUCACACAAAGAACGAUAUGAAGCGGGAAAAACAAAGAGAAUGGAAGAAAGAAAGACGUUUGCGUCAUGAAUUGAGCUAGUGCACACAAUAGGCUUUGAAUCAAAAUUUUUAUUUAACGUUUUUUGGUAUUUAGA